AUGGAGUCUCUUAUUUAUUUUGGAUUUGAAGCUUCUCCGGCGGAUACUUCCCUAUUUAACUUCAAACAUGGAUCUGUUAUCAUCAUCAUUCUUAUCUAUGUUGAUGAUAUUCUUAUCAUUGGAUCUUCAGCAGCUGCUUGUGAUCAGGUUAUAUCUCAACUCUCUACAUCUUUUCCAGUUAAAGACUUAGGCCAUAUUCACUAUUUUUUGGGCUUAAGGAUUAAGAGAAAUGACACAGCAAUGCAUCUCUAUCAGAUAAAGUAUAUCCUUGAUCUUUUAAAAAGGACAAAUAUGUUAGAUUCUAAGCCUUGUUCUUCACCAGCUAUUGCUGACACUAAAACGAGCAAACAUGAUAGUGAACCCCUAGCUGAUGCCUAUGAUUAUAGAUCUCUUGUUGGUGCCUUACAAUAUGUGACAUGGACUAGGCCAGAGAUUUGUUAUGUUGUGAAUCAUGUGUCUCAACACGGAGCCAUCCCACUAAUGUACACCUUGUAG